CGUCCCGCCCGAUUACCCCGCCAACUGCAUGGCUGACAUGGAAGAGGAGCUCAAGUGCCCGGUCUGUGGCUCUUUCUACCGAGACCCCAUCAUCUUGCCGUGCUCGCACAAUGUCUGCAUGCCCUGUGCCCGCACCAUUCUGGUGCAGACUCCCGAGGCGGAGCCGCCGUCUCCCCAGGCCCGGGCCAGGGUCUCGGCCUCGGAUUACGACUACCUGGAGCUGGACAAGAUGAGCGUGUACAGCGAGGCAGACAGUGGCUACGGUUCCUACACGGGUAUCGCGCCGGCCACCCCCAGCCAGAAGUCUCCGAACGGCGUGCGGGUGUUCCCGCCGGCGCCGCUGCGCCACUCGAGCCUGACCUGCCCGCAGUGCCACCGCAGCGCGCUGCUGGAGGAGCGGGGACUCCGCGGCUUUGCCAGGAACCGCCUGCUGGAGGCCAUUGUCGGUCGCUACCAGCAAGGUCGCGCCGAGCACGCCCGCUGCCAGCUGUGCGAACUGGGCUCGCAGGAGGCGGCCGUCCAUUGCGAGCAGUGCGACGUGUUCUACUGCGAGCCGUGCCAACGACGCUGCCACCCGGCCCGGGGAGCCUUGGCCAAGCACCAGCUCAUCCCGGCCGGCCAGGCCCGUGCCCCUGCCCCCACCAAGAAACAACCGCUGCCCCGCAAGCUCUCCACCUGCACCGAGCACGAACUGGAGAACCACAGCAUGUACUGCGCCAGUUGCAAGAUCCCCGUGUGCUACCAGUGCCUGGAAGAUGGGAAACACAGCAAGCACGAACUCAAGGCACUGGGAGCCAUGUGGAAACAACACAAGGCUCAGCUGUCUCAAGCAUUAAAUGGUGUGUCUGACAAAGCAAAGGAGGCCAAAGAGUUUUUGGUUCAUUUGAAAAAUAUGGUCCAAUUAAUUCAGGAGAAUGGUGUGGAAGUUGAGGCAUGCCUUGUGGCACAAUGUGAUGCACUUGUUGAUGCAUUAAAUCGCCAGAAAGCCAAGUUACUUACUAGAGUUACCAAGGAGCGGGAGUUUAAAUUAAAGAUUUCAGAUGCUUUAAUCAAACGCGUUCAAGUAUCUCAGGAGCAGUGGAUUAAAGGAGCUUUAGAAGCCAAAAUAAAUCCUGAAUUUGACCUGACACUCGACAAUGGCCCAUUACUGCAGUCAAUCCACCAACUUGAUUUUAUUCAAAUGAAAAUUCCUUCUGCAGUACCACCUGCACCAAUACUACAACUGGAGAAAUGUUGUACUAACAACAACAAUGCCACACUUGCAUGGAAGGCACCUCCACUCAACCAGACACAGAUCGACGGCUACAUACUAGAACUUGAUGAUGGAAAUGGUGGGCACUUUCAGGAGGUGUAUGUUGGCAAAGAAACUGUGUGCACUGUAGAUGGACUUCAGUUCAACAGUGUCUACAAUGCAAGAGUAAAAGCCUUUAAUUCAGCAGGUUUUGGACCUUACAGUAAAACAAUUGUGUUGCAGACUUCUGAGGUGGCUUGGUUCACCUUUGAUCCCACCUCUGCCCAUCCGGAUAUCCUUCUGUCUAAUGAUAACCUGACUGUUACGUGUAAUAGCUAUGAUGAUCGUGUUGUGCUAGGAUCUGUUGCAUUCUCCAAAGGAAUCCAUUACUGGGAACUGUCUAUUGAUCGUUAUGAUAACCACCCUGACCCUGCUUUUGGAGUGGCAAGAAUUAAUUUAGUAAAAGAUAUGAUGCUAGGCAAGGAUGAUAAGGCCUGGGCCAUGUAUGUUGACAACAACCGUAGUUGGUUUAUGCAUGGAAAUUCCCACACAAAUAGGACAGAAGGUGGGAUUUGUAAAGGUACAACAGUUGGUGUUCUCCUGGACCUAAGCAAGCAUAUCCUUUCAUUUCACAUCAACAAUGUUCAGCAAGGCCCUGUAGCCUUUGAAAAUUUGGAAGGCAUCUUUGUGCCUGCUAUCAGCAUUAAUAGGAAUGUCCAGGUAACUCUUCAUACAGGACUGGAAGUUCCAAAUCAUAUCAAACAAGGAAAAUCCUUGUCAUCCUGUAGCCCCAACAGCAAGUCUAUGUAUUGACUACCAAUAAAGUGGCAAACUA